CCCACUACAAAUAGCUGUGUGUAUUCCAUAGAAUGCAGACAUCAAUAUCACACGCGGGGGUUCCAUUCUAAAGCUGACAGCAGAAACAAGAACUACUACUACAAUUACUGCUACUACUACUAGUAUAGAGUUUAAUAUACAAUCACUAACAGAAAACACACUUGCCUUUCUGAUUAUACAUACAUAUCCUUAUACUUCUCAAUAUCUAUCUAUCUAAAUAUAUGUAUAUAUAUAUAUAAAUAUAUAUAUAUAGAUAGAUUGAUAGACAGAUAAAUACAGAUAAUUAUAAAUUCUUGCUAAUCAAUAUCCACGGCAACAGUGUGAGUGGUGUGUGUUGACUAAUUUCAAAGCUUCUUAACGAGCGAUUUCAUUUUUCCUUCCCCGCUUUUUCAUCAGUAAUAUAUAUAUAUAUAUAAAUAUAUUAUAUAUAUAUUAGAUAUAUUGUAAAUUGUGAGAAAAUAACGGUAAAAAGUAAUAUCACACAAUGACUGUGAAAAUCCUGAGUGUUUUGUUGAUGGGCAGUGUAAUAAUUGCAUCCGUAUGGGCUCAUCCGAUGAAGAAAACAGAGGCGAAAGCCAAAUCAACAGAAACGGUCAAAUCCAAAGUGCCAGCCAAACUUCAUGAACAAGAAAAGGAACUGGAAGACUUAGCGAAACUGCAAAAGGAGAAGGUCAACCAUGCAGUGUUGCAGUCUUCGAGUGAUAUAAAAAUUGUUGAGAAUAAUGGUAAAUCAGAGAAGACAUUAAAGACUACGGAUAAUGUUAUCGAUGGCAACAAUGGCAAAGUCGUGUCUUCUGUGAAAAAAGUGAGGAAGAUUGGAGUGGCCAAAGGAAACAAGCCCAAAGUAGAAGCCAAAACAGAAGUUGAUAUACCCGCUGAAGGUAUUCACAACACUUUCCAAGACAAUCUGUUUGAGGAUGAUCGGCAAGAGGAGAAAAAAGCUGCUUUCAAGAAGAGUUUACCAGAAAAUGCAGCUUUUGAAGAAUCCCUCGUUAACAGCCCAGAAAAUGAUAUCAAGGACUUGAUCAAAUCUUCAGAAUCUAUAGCAAAAUAUCUCUUGGAAACCGGACGUUUUGAUAAACUCGACCAGUCUCUCCGGGAUGUUGUCAGAAUUGGACUGAUGUCAAAGACAGAAGCCAGUGAAUAUAAGAAAAUGGUCUUGGAAUAUUAUGAGAAAUUGGUUGAAUUAAGAGAAGCUGAGGAAUUACAGAGUAAAUUGAACGCCCCUCCCUUGGACUAUGCUGAACAAGACUAUGUGAUGCCAUUCAACGGUGCUGGUGACACGCUGGACAACAGGGUCUACCCAUACGGUCAGGUGGACAGCGCUUCAGAGGACGGCAGUCGCUACGAGGACAGCAACGAAGAAGACAGCUACCCGAUCGACCCCAGCGUCAACUCUCAGUCCGAAUACGUCGACAUCCCAGCCGAUGCUAUUCAACAGUCUUACAGCAGAUUCCCAGACAUGAAGCAGGAACUCGUUCCAGUCAGUCGCGAAGAAGAGCCACAAGAGAAGAGUGAUUGGCUGACAGGACUUUUGGAACAAGCAAACUAUGGAGGUGACUAGUUUUGACGGUCAUGUCAAUUAUCG